AUGAUAAGUGGAGAUGAGAAUGCUGAGGGGCCAUCAGAAAGGCCUUUGAAAAAGUUAAAGAUGAAGCCUGAAAUGCAGGCUAAUGAUCAGGAGUAUAAGGUCACUGACAGUAUUGUUGUGGGUGUUAUUGUAUGGACAACACUAAGUGUUUUGUUCAUAUGCAAGAUGAAGAAAUCUAGAUGUUCAUUUAACAAGAUGGGGGAAUCAGUGGCUGCAGAGUCUAAAGAUGUCUUGGAUCUUUUGCAAAAAUUAUACAUGAAGAUGGAGGACUUUGAGGAAAAGUUGAAACAUGUUGAGGGAAAGAUGGAUACCCUUAAAAGCUGGAUUGAUGAUUUUGUGGACAAUUUCCACUCCAGGAAUGCCAUGGAGUACCUGGAAAUUUUCAUUUAUAAGGGUUUUAAGGAGGAAUGA